CGAGCGGCGGAUUCCCCCACCCGCAGCCGGGCCCCGCGGGAGGUCUGGUUGCAGAGAAUGAUGAUGAUUUAGUCUGAAUGGGGAAGAGAGGAAUGAAGAUGGACUAUGGUGGCAGAUUCUUUCAGAGUAGCAACCCAAGGUCAAAAUUGUCUUGUUGCUGUUCAAGAAAUAAUUCUAUAAUAGAAAAGCAGUGCGUUACUACGAGAGGCAAAUUAAACUGGUGAUAAUGCUGCUAAAUUGAUAAUGUGGACUACUUUUGCCAUCUGCUUUCUGGUCUUGGGGUUUUGGCAUCAGUGAUGAGAAAUGGGGUAUGAUGUAGCACGUUUUCAAGGGGAUGUUGAUGAAGAUCUGAUAUGCCCCAUCUGCAGUGGGGUCUUGGAGGAGCCAGUGCAGGCUCCUCACUGUGAGCAUGCUUUCUGCAAUGCCUGUAUCACCCAGUGGUUCUCUCAACAACAGACUUGUCCUGUGGAUCGGAGUGUUGUGACUGUGGCUCAUCUGCGUCCAGUUCCCCGGAUCAUGCGUAAUAUGCUGUCUAAGCUGCAAAUCACAUGUGACAAUGCUGUUUUUGGUUGUACUGCUGUAGUACGGCUAGACAACCUAAUGUCUCACCUCAAUGACUGCGAACACAAUCCAAAGCGGCCUGUGACAUGUGAACAGGGAUGUGGCUUGGAAAUGCCCAAAGAUGAGCUACCGAAUCAUAACUGCAUCAAACACUUGAGGUCAGUGGUACAGCAGCAACAAACAAGGAUAGCUGAGCUGGAGAAGACAUCAGCAGAGCAUAAACACCAGCUGGCAGAGCAGAAACGAGACAUCCAGCUGUUGAAAGCAUACAUGCGAGCAAUACGUAGCGUCAACCCCAACCUACAGAAUUUGGAAGAGACUAUUGAAUAUAAUGAAAUCCUAGAAUGGGUGAACUCCUUGCAGCCAGCCCGGGUGACGCGAUGGGGUGGUAUGAUCUCUACACCAGAUGCUGUACUUCAGGCUGUAAUCAAGCGUUCAUUGGUGGAAAGUGGCUGCCCAACAUCUAUCAUCAAUGAACUGAUUGAAAAUGCUCAUGAACGGAACUGGCCACAGGGCCUGGCCACCCUAGAAACUCGCCAGAUGAACCGCCGCUAUUAUGAAAACUAUGUGGCCAAACGUAUCCCAGGCAAGCAGGCUGUGGUAGUGAUGGCCUGUGAGAACCAGCACAUGGGUGAGGAGAUGGUGCUGGAGCCAGGCCUGGUGAUGAUAUUUGCACACGGAGUGGAAGAAAUCUAAAGACUUCGCUUGAAAGACUUUGCUUGAAAGGAAAUAUUUACUGUGUCGAAGCCCAAUGAUCCUGCCCCCCGGUGUGCUGCAUCAGGGCAUUAUUCUUUAUGUUGAUUAAAACACCACUUACUAAUUAUACUGGGCAGGUGCCCAGCAACUUAUGCAAAAUGCCAUGCUGCAUUCCUUCCCCCUUGUGAUAAGUUACUCCUGGUCUUGUGUUGACACACAUUUCCAAGUAUCUGCAUAAAAGCACAAGAAAUUCCUCUGUGCUCCUGAAAGAGCAGUGGGCUUCUGCCAUAAGAAAUGUUUGAUUUCCUGAUAUGACUGAAGUGGCCCGGGUGGCUUGGUUUUAGUUCUAGGGUAAGAAGGGCAUAUGGAUUUUGACUUUUAAAAAUGCCAGAACUGAAAGUUUGCCCUGAAGACUUUUUCCCAGCUCUCCUCAUCGGGCUUCCGUUGUUAUUCUUUAAGGUAUUUCUGAGCAGGCUGCACACUUUUCCAUUGUGACCACUAGGAUCAGACUUUCCACAUAGUACCUCUGAGGCACAAUUCUGCAGCCUUUGUGGUGGGAGGGAGGAAUGGAGUAAGAGAUGUAAGAGUACAAACACGAGAAGGCAGAUGCCAAACUAGUGGUGCAAGUAAUGCCAAAUAAAAUACACAGUACCAGUAGUGAUGUUUUGGCAUACAAGGUGUGAUGGAGCCAAAUAAGCCUAACCUGUAAUGAAGACCAUAUCUGCAACUAGUGUGGGAUGUGUGGCCUUACACAGGAGACAGGCCUGCCUUUUCAGAGGCUGUGGUUUUCAGCAAGAGGCAGCACCUUUUGACUGUCCCAUUGCUGCCACCGCCAAAUUAAAUGAAGUUCUCAUCACAAAGGCCAGAUAUCAUCUUCUUCCUUGUAUCCUUGAAGUGCCGCUGAUGAUGCCGCUGAUGAUGCCUAUAUCACAGGAUGCAAGCCUUCAAGCAGACACCUUCACUCAGUCUGAUCCAAUACAGGCUCCUCUGAAUUGUGUGUGCCAUUUAUGGUUGUCUCAACUUAACAACCUUGCAAAGAAAACAGAAAAAGAACAUCAGCCGGGAUGAAAAUGUCUUUGUCCUCUUAUGUUGACUUUUUGAUAAAUCUGUGUGUAAUUUUUUUUUUGACAUCUUGAUGAUUGUGUUCAGUAUUUUUGUACUACUUUUGUCUUUGUAUGUUUCCCUUGUAUUUUUUUAAAAUACAGUGGCCAGGAAUGUCUUCAAGACCAAGUUUAGUUGACCUGUCAGAUUUAAUUUAUUUUGCAGUCUUUUUACACAGCAACCCGUAUUCAUUUGUGUUGCUUUAAAUAUAUCUUGCUUUAAACAUUUGUGCUGGAGUUGGUGGUGCAAGGAAUAAAUGCAUCAAUAAAAGGAGCAGUUUGACUUGCUCUGACCAAAACAUUGACAGUAUAGUCCCUUCUGGGUAGCUUUCAUUUCUUUUGACACCCUGGACAUCAUUAGGCAGAAACUUCAAAACAAACUUCAAUUUCCUUUUGAAUAUUAUUCAUGCUGAAAUAGUUGCUGUUAAUGCUUUAACACACGGGAUCUGCAUAGUAGUUGACCAGAGCAAUUGUAGUGUCUCCUGUCUAGAAUUUCCACUGUUUCACAGACAUUGCAUUUUCAAAAUCUCUGUGACAAAGAGACAUCCUGGAAACCUAUCAGCCAAAGUAAUGGCUGCCUGGGGAAUGCUACUACUGCUGCCAUACUAUGGAUAAAUGCAGCAAAAUGCACAAUUUGAGAGAAAUGCUUAUCCAAUCAUGUAUUAUAUGUGUCAUGAGUAGCCUAGUCCUACAUGAUGACCCAACUGCGGAGGAACUAUAUUUAUCGAAAUACAAUUCUCACAGCAAUUGAUAGCCAGCAACUUGGUCUGUUUUCUGAAAGGGAAAAUGAGGGCAUAGUAGGAAGGUGUAGUUCAUAAAUGUCAGUCACCUAAUAAGAAUUUCCAUUGCUCUCACAAAACGUCCAUCAUUCCCAUGAAUAAAGUGCAUGAUUAAUGCAGCUUAGCUUUGCUUAUGAACUCAACUAUUCACCAGGCAGAUGCUGUUUCAAGUUCCAUUCUGUGGGAAAUGCUUGUGCUUUGGAGUCUCUAAAUCUGCAGCAGUCAUUCAGUUUGGUGGCCUUUACCUUUUUGUAAACCUGUUCAAGUAGGUUUAGGUGUUGCUUUUCAGCUCAACUGUAUCAGCCAUAGUCUUCCUUUGCUCUCAGUCUGUGCUAGCACACUGCUCUAUGCUUCUCUCCUUCAGCCCAUCUCCUUGUUAAUAUUUUUUUCUUUACAAACUGUCUGUCUCCAGUAUUGUUUAUAAUGGUACUUCAGCUUUCACAUUUGUAACAAUGCAAGCUGCUUAAAGUAACUUUGCAGUUUAUGUCCGUUUUGUAAGUCAUGUUUCUAAACCACCAGGAACACCAGGAACAGGCUUCAAAAGCUAGAUCAGUUUUAGGGAUGGAAUGAGUUGUGCUCAUAUUCUUGUCAGUGAUAUGACAGGUUUUGAAAGGGGAUCUUCUGGCUGGAAGUAAUUUUCAGUUGAGUCCCUGUUGCUCAGGAAUUUGAAAAAAAAAAAGCUGCUAAAUCCAACCUAACAACUGCAUCUUGAGCUAGCUGCAUCUCUUCAGACUUUGUUUUCCCCCUUGAUGUGUUGCUGUCACUCUUCCUGUGCUCUAAAGUAUACCAUAGGAUUUGUCAUGUCUACUGCCAGUAUGCAAGUUGCUGACUGCAUUUUGUGUUUUGCUGUUUCAAUUGCAUUGACUGCACUAAUAAAUUGCCUUUUUCCUGAA